CGCAAACUUCCAAGGCUAGAAAGAAAUGGCUCUCCUUCUCCAAGUUCCUCCUCCGACGAAUGUCGCCUUCUCCUACUCAUCUUCUCCACAGUCCAUCCCACGAGCGCGCCGUGUUCGUUGCCGCGUCUCUGAUUCCUCAGAGGUUAAAUUUGAUGAAGGUGCUUCGAAAUCGGAGUACAAGCCAGGAGUUCUCGACGAUUUCUUCAUGCAUUCGUUCAGGAACAAACUGGUCGAGGAAGUCGGGUCGGAUUCAGAGAAACCCGGUUACGUUGGGCUUAUUGAGUUGGUGAAGCUUCUCUUGUUAAAAGGUCGAACUAGGUCGGAGACAAAUGAUGCAGCGUUCUUUUGGUGGAUACAGGUGCGAAUCCUGAAAUCGUUGUUUCCUCCGCUCAUAUUAGAGCUUUACAAGCUUCUCAUUGCUCCUAUAGCACAAGGGAAAUUAGCUGCAUUGAUGGUUGCAAGAGUUACUGUACUUACCUGUCAAUGGCUCAUGGGACCUUGCAAAGUAAAUAUCAUUGAUCUUCCAAAUGGAGAAUCUUGGGAUAGUGGGGUUUUUGUGGAGAAAUGUCAGUAUCUAGAAGAGAGCAAAUGUGUGGGAGUAUGCAUCCAUACAUGUAAACUACCAACUCAGACAUUCUUUAAAGACUACAUGGGAGUUCCUCUGUUGAUGGAACCAAACUUUAAAGAUCAUAGUUGCCAGUUUAAGUUUGGGGUAGCUCCACCGGAGGACGAUGGCAAUGUUAGUGAACCGUGUCUUGAGACAUGCUCAAUCGCCGGCCGCCGGAAAUUAAAUCCCGGGGAAUGUCCCAUGGCUUAAUUCUUUGUUUUUAUGAAAAGUAAUAUGAGUAGAUGCACCGACCAUAUGUUCUGUGGUAUAAACUUUAACCAUCUCGACCUACGAAAUGAAAAAUUAUAGUUUCCAUUUUAUUUUGUUGUAUAUGCUAAUCUCUUUCGUAAAGGGAGAUUACAUACUAGUCUAGUUUUUGUAUUUGUUUAAACUCGGUAAUGCGUAUAUGUGAGUUGUU